GCUGACAGUGAAAUAUUUCACCUCUUUCUCCUAUCAUACUUCAUUUGUGCGCAUGAGUGUAUGUGCGUGUGUGUGUGUGUGUGUGUGUGUGUGUGUGUGUGUGUGUGUGUGUGUGUGUGUGUGAUAGUGCUGAAUGUUCACUCUGUUAUGACCAGCCCUAUUCAGUGCUCCUGCACCUCUUCCUGUCCUCUCUCAUCUUUCCACGCCAGUCCUUAAACACCAGUUGGUUUGUCUAAUGUGUGUGUGUGUGUGUGUGUGUGUGUGUGUGUGUGUGUGUGUGUGUGUGUGUGUGUGCCAUUUCUGAGUAAGGAUCUGAACAAAAUGAGGACAUGUUUGAGUUGUUUAAAUGAAGAGGCACUUGGUUAAGAGGAUGGUUAUCUCUGGGACUCAGAAGCGAGUCCUGUUUGGGACGGACAUUUUAAUUCCACAUGAAAGUGACCUGAAUAGUUUGGUGGUUAAUUUUAGAAUGAUAGACAGACCGGGUGAGGAUGUGCCAGGUGUGCUGGAGUACCGCAUGAUCCAGUGCAAAACUUGCAUAUAAUGAGUGACUUUACUGUGUGUUCGUGUGUGUGUGUGUGUGUUUGUGUGUGUGUGCCAUGACCAACGCGCCGCUCUGAUUUCUUUCACAGUUAUCAAAAAGUGAAGUGAAGCAUGAAUAAGUAUCUGCAUGCUUUUCUUUCAUUUUUCGACGGUUUGUUUUACGGCGCGAUUUAAAUGCCCAGAUUGAUUUGAUUUCUUUAUUAACUCAGCAUUCGUCUUCGCGUGAUUGUAAACCAAAGCCUUUCUGAUUGGAGGCUUUCGGUGUAAAUCUCCGUACAUGCUCCAUGCUGCGCUCGCAGACAGCAGACGAUGUUUCCACCUGGCUGCUAGUUGAUAUGGCAUAACCUGAACUCAUUUGCUGUUCUUUUAGCUGUUAGAAUUGAUAUCUCUCUCUCACGCACACACACACACACACACACACACACACACACACACACACGUUCACAUUAUAGUGCAGUGAUACUGCUGAUGCUCUGCUUGUGUGUAUGAAAGAUGGAGGAAGAGAAAGCACAUUAAUAGCUAGUGCAUAUAUUAGUAUUUGUGCAGCAGUGGGAAUAAUAAUAAUAAUAAUAAUAAUAAUAAUAAUAAUAAUAAUAAUAAUGUGUGGGCUCGAUACACACAUGUAUAUUGAACAGUAACAUUCCUGUAGAGAGCCUCAUGCUUGAAGAACGUCCCAUCCGUUCACUCAUAUUAAAGCUGACAGUCCAUCUGUCUCGGGUCCCGACCGUGCCGAGGUGUGUGUGUGUGUGUGUGUGUGUGUGUUUGGAUUUGUUGCAGUAGCCCCUCCUCCACUUACUUCAGCUUCUCUGUACCCGUUCAUCAGCGUUCGGCCCUGGAGGUCAAACUCUCGGUCUCUUUGUCGCACAAUAACAAGGACCCCCGCUGUCACAGAGCGUUCGCCGGCUGCUGCCUGUCUGACUCCAGAUUAUAAUCUCCCAGAUUAAAAAAAGAAAGAAAGAAAGAAAGAAAAAUGAAUGUAUCAAAGGCCCAGGUUAAUAGCGAAGAUAAGUACGGCAAAUGCGGUGCAUGGAGAAUGCAACAGCAUUACAACGUCGAUACGCAUGCACUCUAUAACCAAAGGCUGCUUUGCAGAAUGUCCAGCAAGGACCGCCACAUUGAGUCCAACUGUCCCUCAUACAUCAAGACGGAACCCUCUAGCCCAGCCUCGCUGACUGACAGUGUCAACCACCACAGCCCCGGCGGCUCAUCAGACGCCAGUGGCAGCUACAGUUCAGCAAUGAACGGCCACCAGAACGGCUUGGACUCGCCCACGCUGUAUGGCCCAGGAGGCACGCUGGGCCCCAACGGCACCGGCGCAAAGCGUUACGAAGACUGCUCCAGCACCAUCGGCGAGGAUUCACAGAUCAAGUGUGAAUACAUGCUCAACUCCAUGCCCAAGCGCCUGUGCCUGGUCUGCGGUGACAUUGCGUCAGGUUACCACUAUGGUGUGGCCUCAUGUGAAGCCUGCAAGGCCUUCUUCAAAAGAACCAUUCAAGGCAAUAUUGAGUACAGCUGCCCCGCCACCAACGAAUGCGAGAUCACCAAGCGCAGACGGAAGUCCUGCCAAGCUUGCCGCUUUAUGAAGUGUCUCACCGUCGGAAUGAUGCGGGAAGGAGUGCGGCUGGACAGAGUGCGCGGCGGCAGACAGAAAUACAAACGUCGGAUAGAUGCCGAGAACAGUCCCUAUCUGAACCCACAGCUGGCUCUGCCACCCAAAAAGCCAUUCCCCUUUGGCUGCCUUGCAGAUAAUAAGAUCGUGUCACACUUGCUGGUGGCUGAGCCUGAGAAGAUCUAUGCCAUGCCAGACCCGACUGUCCCCGACAGCGACAUCAAGGCUUUGACCACGCUGUGUGACCUGGCAGACCGGGAGCUGGUGGUCAAUAUCGGCUGGGCCAAGCACAUCCCAGGCUUCUCCACGCUGUCUCUGGCUGAUCAGAUGAGUCUGCUGCAGAGUGCGUGGAUGGAGAUCCUGAUCCUGCGUGUGGUCUACCGGUCACUGUCAUUCGAGGACAAGCUGGUAUACGCUGAGGACUACAUCAUGGAUGAGGACCAGUCCAAGCUGGCUGGCCUGCUGGACCUGAACAACGCCAUCCUGCAGCUGGUGAAGAAGUACAAGAGCAUGAAGCUGGACAAAGAGGAAUUUGUGACUUUGAAAGCUAUAGCGCUUGCAAAUUCAGACUCUAUGCAUAUAGAGGACGUGGAGGCAGUGCAGAAGUUGCAGGAUGUGCUGCAUGAGGCAUUGCAGGACUACGAGAGCAGCCAGCACGCCGAGGACCCGCGUCGCGCCGGAAAGCUGCUUAUGACGCUGCCGCUGCUGCGCCAGACGUCCACUAAAGCCGUGCAGCACUUCUACAGCAUCAAACAGGACGGCAAGGUGCCCAUGCACAAACUCUUCCUGGAGCUGCUUGAGGCCAAGGUCUAGCUUGGCCACCAUCGCCUGGACCGGUUCUGUCAUCAUGGAGCGGGCUGGGCAUACACACGAGCACUCUCACUACACUGGGCAGGCUAUGAGGCUAUGACUGAUAUACCGUUUGCGAAACUUUUCUCCAUAAACAACGGUAUCUAAUAAUGACAACUUAACCUUAACAAUACUCCGGACUAUUGACAUUAUGCUAGAUGCAUAAAAGAACGAAUAAAGUGUGGUUGUUGAGGAAAAAACAAACAAACAUGCUGAAUAGGACAAAAAAACUAAAGACUUUUACUAUUUAUCAGCAGGACUUCGAACCAGCUUUUGACUUGUUCUUCUCUGAAAACCGGUGCAGUUUUUAGAGUUUUCUUUGUUGAUUUUCACCUAAAAACGGAACCUGGAUCCAAGAAUGACAAACCCUGCCAAAGGAAGGAGUUCCACUGAGUGGGAUGCCAAUGAAACUGUAAUAUCCCAAACCCAUGUCCAAUAGUCCCUCUUUAACGAACGGCCACAACCUAACAGCAGGCAGUAGUGUUACCACCUGACCUCACAAGAGCAGUCCGACAGCGCAUUCGCCAAACAGAGAUUUUGUUUGUUUGUUUGUUUGUUUGUUUGUUUACUUCUGCCCCCAACCCCAUCUAAAGAAGCCACUCCUAAUGUUCAUUUCAACCACAAGCAGUCACUGGGGCUUGAUUCCCGUCUAAUUUCCUUUCGAGUCUUCCAAACACUUCUAGCCACUUUUAAUGAUUUCACCAUUAUCUUUUCAGGGAAUAUCCUGAGCAUUAGUCUCUCAUGCAAUACAAAAACAGAGGUACUGUAGUGGACAAGGAAUAGACUCGUUUAUUUAUUGAUAUUUUACUGUGCUCAGUGCAUUUGUACUGAAGGGUGUAAAUAUGUAGUAUGGAUGUCAUACUAGCAUUUGAUCACAUGUUGAUAAUUGAACAGUUUUUUUGUUGUUGUUUUUUUCCUACCGACUCUAACACUUUUGGUAUCUGUUACGAGUCGGGAGAAAAUAAAUGCUUGCUAUCUUCUCUAAGCAAUAGAGGUUUUAAAAAGGAGUGUAAAUUUAUGCAAUUUCUGUUCGUGCCCGUGUUUGUUUGUUUUUUUUUUGUGUGCGUUUUUUUUUUUUUUUUUUUUUUUGGCGUUUAGGGGGGUUUUUGGAAAUGUGAUCUCUUGCAGCUUUAACUUUCUUUCCUUUAUGUGGUUGAUACAGUGUGAUAUUUGACCGAUAUGGUGGCCGGAAGGACCAUGAACAUUAACUCAACACAACGAUAUAUGCAUUUAUAUUACCACCAAACUUACUUUUACUGAUAUCAUUUUAAUCCAAGCAGUAUAUUAGCACUUACGAAGACCAUCAUUGUAGCUCUAGUUUCAUGUGGUUCUUUACCAGGGCCUUGAUAUCAUGAUGUAAUCUUUAAUAUGGAAAUUUUCUUUAGCAGAGGUCAAGUAAUUAAGCAAGCUAUCCACUACAACCAACAAAAAUAUGUCAGUAUUAGUAGGUCUAUGGGGUAUUUUCCUGAAUCUUCUUUAACAUUGUAUAUUGUAAAUGAACAGAUUAUAAAACUAACCCAAGACAUUUUAUUGGAACAAAAUGAGGAAAAAAAAAAAGAAAAAAAAAAGUUCAGCUUCUACGUGUUCUGUGUCUGCUGUACUUUUUUUCCUGAACUGCUUCUUUCUUUUCCUCCUUUUUCUUACGCUCCAUGCGAUGAUGAUGAUGUGGUUGUAUUCUUCUCGUGGUGAUUCCACUUUUUUUUUUCUGUGUGUGCCGUCCACUCUUUUCUCUCUCUCUCUCUCUUUUUUUUUUUUAAAGACAGGGUAGAAAACAGAGACACUACUGGAUGUAUGAAUCCUCAGGAGACAUGGAUGAGGGGUUUCAAAUAACUUUCUGGCAUAAAGGACUCUUGCAAAGUUAGAUCUUGCUAGAUCAACAGUUUCAUGAUCGAUGUAAUCUAUACUGAUGUAUAAGUGAUUAACAGCUAUUUAAAGGAAGGAGCAACAUAUAUUUAAAAAGGGAUCAUUUUAUCUAACUACUUUCCUGUAGACUAACACUGUACUGUAUAUCUUAGGUUUAAAAAAAAAUGCUUUUGAGUAUCUCAAAAUAGUAGUGGAUUUUUAAAAAAAACAACAAAAAAAAACGAUUAUUCUUUCUUUCUUUCUUUCUUUUUUAACACGCUGCUGUACAUAAGGCCUUCCAUGCUGAGCGACUCUUGUAAUAUUAUCUUUAAAUCCUUGAGGCUGCAAAGGAAAGAAAUGUUAUUUGUUUUGAUGUAGGAUCCAGUUUCUAACACGCUCGCUUCAACUUUGUGUGCUAAAUAAAAAUGAAGAGAAAAGGACUAAAAAAAACAUCAUUCUUGGAAUAAAACAGGGAUAAGGGUUUUUUUUCUCUCCCUUCUGUGUUCUUUAAAUACUGUGUAAUAAUUGUCAUUAGCGAUACAAAAUCUAUCAUUUAGAGAGUGCUUUGGAGAGUGUAAAGUUAUUCUGAACAUUAAUCAUGGCUAUUCGUUGGAUGGUCAAAAACUGGAGGGUUCCUGUUGUUGAUCGGAAGUUGGCACUUUCGUAUUUUUGAUUUUUGAUCUUUUUUUUUUACACAGUUCAUGGCAGAAUGGUGCGUUUUCUUCCUUUGUGAUUUUUCUUUCCUCUUGUCUAUUGCAUUUUGUCUUUCUUAUGACUUUAUGACUUAUGAUACAGACAGAACACCAUGUAAACAUGAAAACAUGAUCUUUAUUUUUUAUUUUAUUUUUUUUUAAAAGUGAUUUAAGCUUAGCUUUCAUUUUUAUAACGUCACACAGAUGUUACAGCAAGCGGUCCUGGGCCUGGGUGCGUUACAGGAGCUGACUUGGAGUCAGCCGUCACCCUUUCUAUAAAUUCAAGACAAAACUGACCCACUUCGAGACGUCUGACUCACCGUUAAAGGCUGAGAGUCCUGAGUAUUUCCUUUUGUUACACAAAGCAUUCGCACAAAAAGAUGGAUUCUUCCAAAAGGAUACUAGUAUUUUCUGAACUUCUUUUAGAGAUACUUACUGCAUAACUUUGAACAGUAUAGUCCCAAGGUUAACUUAGAUCAUUGAGAGAAGGCUCUAUUUGCUCUAUUCACUCUGUCUGUUUUCAACAUACUGUAUUAACGUAGAGAAAUCAAAGUGUAAAUUACCAACGAUACAUUUUUCCAACAUAUUUUCUUAUUUAAAGCAAUAUGUGUGGCGAUCAGGAGUCACACUCUGCAACUGACUUAGAUCAAAAAUGCUGUAUUUAUUGGACUAUUUUGCAAUGUAAGAAAUAAUAGGGGGGAAAAAAAUAGAUGAUGUACAAACAACUGAUAUUUUUUAUUAUAGAGGACCUUAUGGGCAUGGGUUGUAUUUAUUCUCGUCUGCGAAAUGUAUUGAAGGAUUUUUGCAGCAGUCAAACAUGCAAAUUGUAAGAAACACUAAUCAACAGGAAGAACUGGAGGAAGAAGGGAGGAGGAGGAGGUGGGGGUAUUUAAAAAAAAAUUAACAAAAAUAAAAAAUAAAAACAUAUAUGAUCAAUAAGAUGAUAUCAAUUUCAGUCCAGGAGUUGCUGAAACAGCCUGUAGUGAGAACCAUGUCUGUAGCUCUAGAUGUGCUCAACAUCAGUGAAACAAUUACUUGUAUAUUUUUGUGAUGUGUACCAUACAGUGUGCUCCAACAAUUCUGUCCAUUUGUGUAAAUGUAUUUAUUUUACAUUGUAUAUAUUGUUCAAUGCAAAAAGAGAGACCUAUGAUUCUGUAACUACGAUCAAUUCAGAUGUGUAACUCCAAUUAUGCCUUUCAGGAUAAUGGUAGAGCAAUAUUAAAACAUGCUUCCAGUUUUGACUUUG